ACCAGAAGAGAAAAACAGUGACUGUGACCAUCUUUAGUCAAAGGAGAACGUCUCUGAAAAGAGACAAAAAUUCCUCGGUACUAGACCCCCAAAACGACAAGGUUUUCUUCAUAUGUAAUGGGUCUUCGAGGGUAGCCUUAGAAUAAAAUUGAAUAAUGUGUUUUGCAGGAGAGGAAUGCCGGGUUACGAAAUGGCGGCCAAGGACCGAGCAUAAGGUCCUCAAGGGUUAUAUCAUCGCAAAUAAGACUGCGAAAAACGAGCUCGAUUGCGACGCACUUUGCUUUAUGGAGCCGAAUUGUGCGUCUGUGAAUUAUCACAAGAAGGAAAGUAUGUGUCAGCUGAGCGAUUCCACGGAGCAGUCUUCAGGUCACGUGCUUACAAAUGAAGCUGGGUGGAGUUAUAGACCGAUAGAGGACCAGUGCAUUGACAACAGCUGUCCUAACAAGACAUCAAAGUGUCAGUCGGGAUACGGCAGUAACCUUAGCUACAAGAGCUACCGAUGUUUUUGCCACAGGUGCUUCAAAGGAGAGUCAUGUGAGAAAGGUGAUUUUGUAGUUACUUUUCCUCUUCAAGCCCACACUUUAGCUCUACGCCAUCUCGCGAAUGUUUCAUUGGGCAGCUCACUCACCAUCUCUGUCUGGGUAAAAGCUCCCGUUACUAAUACAUACCAGUCCAUCGUCAGUAUCGCUACGGAAAGUCAAACAAAUGCAGUCUGGCUGUAUAUCUUACCAUCGUUACAAGCAAUAGCUGUUUACAUCAAUAAUCAACUACGGAGUGUUCCAAUCACGUCAAUAGAAGGUAAUUGGAAGCAUAUUGCCCUGACCUGGGAUGCUGGGACAUGGGCGAUCUACAUUGACGGGGACACACAGCAGAGUGGUAAAGCCUUGGCGGCUGAAUUUUCCAUCACUGACGCCAUUGUCGUUCUUGGACAAGACCAGGAUACUUAUGGAGGAGGUUUUGACCCCAAUCAAGUCUUUCUGGGAAGUCUCACAGGGGGGAAUAUCUGGAGUCGAGUGCUGAGUGCACAGGAGAUAGCGCAGAUUGCCAGCGAGUGUAAUUCAUUGGAAGGUGAUACUGUAAAGUGGGGUGAUCUGUACCCGUGGAACAAGGAAGAAGGGUUUAAUGUAGACUGCCCAGCUAAGUGUGGCUAAAUUGCCACUGAAAUAGAUUAAUUCACAGGUGAAGGAAAAGGGGAGAUGGGGGCGUUACCUUGUACUCAGUGUAAGGGCUAUGUAAACUGGAACUGGCAUUUUAAUUUGGAUAGAAAUCUAGCAAAGAGGAACAUCCCCAUCUCUGACCAUACGAUCCGGGGGUGCUCAGUUGAUUUUCAGUGGUAAGCACUUAUGUAGCUAUGACCAGCGCGAGCGGCCAGGCAAGGUGUUGCAAACUUCAUAUGCAACUGGGCCAGCCAAAGUCGGGAAAAUUGAGCGGCGAAUUUUACGGGUCGAAAAUACGGAAAACCACGGAAAACCAACUCGAUGAUUAUGGUGAUUUUAUUGUAAAACGAUCGUAAACUGAAAUAUAAUUAAGUGAAUCUAAGAUUAGGAUUUUUACCUCAAAAGCGCGUGGGAGAAAACAUACAUGCAUCAAUGUGUCUUUGUGGCCCUGGUAGACCUUUCAAUAAUAUUUGAACUCUAAUCAUGGAAUAAAGUAGAACAUAAAUUUAAAUAAUUAUCCUAAACAAGUUACAUUGAGUCAAGGCAUAAAGGCCAAAUUGUUAGAGCCUAAUGCUCUCUAACCUAGAGUGGGAGUUCCUGUAAAAUAGAUCUUUUUAGCUGUUAAAUUUCCAGACGUAAAUUUGUAGUAAACUCGUAGAUUGUACAUUGUAGACGAUAAUCUCGCACGUGAAAACAUAUAUGACCCACCAACGGACAUUAAGCCUAAUGAACAAUAAAAUGGGUACUUACAUAUCGUUCCCGCUUGCCUCUAAAUUAAACCAAAGAUUGUACCACUAGAAAUGCUUGCCUUGAAUAUACCAGGUAGGAACUGGCCAAAAAGGACGCGAGUCGACUUAUAUAUGCGCUUGGUGACGCUAAAGUAUCAAAUUUCGGUAAACACAAAUUCGAAUGUCGUUGCUUAUAUUGUAACUAUGCGAAAGCCGUUAAAACUAUCUUAUUAACUAAUCUAACCAAAGUUCAUUACAACUUAAGAGUACUUAAAAGAUAGAAAAUUAGCAAAGCGAACACCCCUAUUACUAGCUUAUGCCACUUGGGUGAAAAGAAGAGUGGGGUGCGGUAAGACUCCAAUCCCUUAUCACAUAAAACAAUCCCUUAACAGUUUUUCUUUCAAGUUAGGCUAAACAUGUUAUUAUAUAUAAGUGGUUAUCUUAUAUUAUAUAGUAUUAUAAAGUGGUAUGUAGAGUAGUGUAGAAUUAGGCUAACUAGGUUCGUAUUUAGGAAGGUAGAGUUUUUAAAUGACGUGUUCUUUUACGUCCAAUAAAAGUAUUUCUCGGUUCUUGGAAGCUUCUUUGAGCAAUACUGUAUACUACACUUUUACGGGGCCGAAGCAAGGGGUGGAGAACCCCCAUUAAGGAAAAGUACAAAUUCCCAUCCUCUGUCAGUAAACAUUUAAAAAAAGAAAAUU